UCUACCUUCAUUGGACUUUUCUUAUUCAAUUCUGAGGAUUCAGGAUGGGCUUCACAGCUAUGGCUCGAUGGGGGAAUGCUGAUGCAGAAGCUAUCAGCAAAGUGGAAUACAGUAUUCGAGUGAACCACAAUGGGUAUCAAGUAGGCCGGUGGGCAAUGUCUAUCAAAUCCUACCGAUCCACGUUUGGAAUGAACCCCAACAACCCUGAUUCUGCACCGAGUGGUCCACCCAUGAUGGAACGAACCAUGCUCACAGUGACGAUGGGCGAAAACGUAUUUGUCCUCCUCGAAGAUCCGGGUGCACCAACACGGAGUGAAGCUGUUGAGCGAGGUCUUACGGAACCGAUGACCCAUUACCGGUCUACAUUCCUCACUGUUCGACCACCAGGUGCCCUAGAGCAGCUUUUGGUUCAGCUCAAGGCAAGGUGGAUGCCCGUGCGGCAGGCUGCGACUACAAGGAAUACAUCGGCAUCGGCUACGAAUGCGCUGUAUACUGCGUCGGAGCUGAAUAUUGAAGGAAAGGUGUUCCAAGUUGGAUCGGAUUGGUUGGUUCGUGUUGGGAUGGUGAAGAAUAAGGAGACAAUGCGAGGGAUGUUGUUGGAGGUCGAAUACCUCCCAAUGCCAUACAUGGACCCAGACGCACAAGCGGAGCUCCAUUCCAACUUCCUCACAUCCCUUCUCCCAAUCGGCCGGCCAGGCGCCAACAUCUUCGCUCUAACCGCCAACAGUGCCAACUGGCAAGAUGUACUAUGGUCCAGGGAAGAUGACGAAAGGAAGCAAGAGGAAGCUGAAGCCAAAGCUAAAAAGACAGAAUCUCAGAUGGAUGUGGUCGAUGACGACGAUGAUGUGUAUGUGUAUGGAGUGGAGGUUCCCGAUCCUAUCCCCAAUCGAGAUUGGAUUGGAAUGGAGAGGGAUAAGAGGUCUGCUUAUCUUGCUUUAGGUGGCUUGAAGUCCGAAGGUAUUGUGUAG